UCUCUCUCUCUCUCUCUCUCUAAUUUCAUCUCUCUACAUUCAUCAAACCAUUUUUUCUCUGUCAAUCUUCUCGAGACAUCUGAAAUCAAUCGCCAGCUGCUUUUUCCCUUCAGUCCAGUAGCUGCAAUGGGCGUCCCUCUUCCUCCCAAAGAGGCCAACCUCUUCAAGCUCAUCGUUAAAUCUUAUGAAACGAAGCAGUAUAAAAAGGGUUUAAAGGCUGCUGAUGCAAUUUUAAAGAAGUUCCCAGAUCAUGGAGAAACAUUGUCAAUGAAAGGGCUGACUUUGAAUUGCAUGGACCGCAAAUCCGAAGCGUAUGAACUUGUUAGGCUUGGGUUAAAGAAUGACCUUAAGAGUCAUGUUUGCUGGCAUGUCUAUGGACUUCUGUAUCGGUCGGACAGAGAAUACAGGGAAGCAAUCAAGUGUUAUCGGAAUGCUCUAAAAAUAGAUCCUGAUAAUAUUGAAAUUCUUCGAGACCUCUCUCUUUUACAGGCACAAAUGCGGGACUUGGAAGGUUUUGUUGAGACGAGACAACAAUUGCUCACUUUGAAACCAAAUCAUCGUAUGAAUUGGAUUGGCUUCGCUGUUGCCCAACAUCUAAACUUCAAUGGAUCAAAGGCAGUUGAUAUCCUUGAAGCAUAUGAAGGGACUCUUGAGGAUGAUUACCCUCCUGAUAAUGAACUCUGUGAGCACGGGGAGAUGCUUUUGUACAAGAUCUCUUUGUUGGAGGAAUGUGGAUUGGCUGAGCGCGCUCUUGAGGAGUUGCGCAAGAAAGAAUCUAAAAUAGUUGAUAAAUUAGCUUAUAAGGAACAGGAGGUUUCUCUGCUUGAAAAGCUGAGCUGUUUUGAUGAAGGAGAAUUAUUAUACAAGAAACUGCUUUCAAUGAAUCCUGAUAAUUACAGGUAUUAUGAAGGUCUGCAAAGGUGUAUGGGGCUGUAUAAGGAAAAUGGUCAGUAUUCUUUGGAUGAAAUUGAUCGACUGGAAGCUUUGUAUGCAUCACUUAGCGAGCAAUACAGUAGGUCAUCUGCCGUCAAGAGAAUCCCUCUUGAUUUUCUUAGUGCUGAAAGAUUCCGUUCGGCGGCUGAAAAUUAUAUUCGACCAUUUCUGACCAAGGGUGUUCCUUCUCUAUUUUCCGAUCUUUCUCCUCUCUAUGAGCACUCUGGAAAGGCAGAUAUUCUGGAAAACUUAAUUCUUGAGCUUGAGCACUCCCUUAAGGCUACUGGUGUAUAUCCUGGGAGGGUGGACAAGGAGCCCCCUUCAACACUUAUGUGGACUUUGUUUUAUUUGGCUCAGCAUUAUGACAGAAGGGGUCAGUAUGAUGUUGCGCUCAGAAAAAUAGAUGAGGCCAUAGAACACACCCCCACUGUCAUUGAUUUGUACUCAGUGAAGAGCCGGAUAUUAAAGCAUGCUGGUGAUCCAGUAGCAGCUGCUGCCUUGGCUGAUGAAGCUAGAUGUAUGGAUCUUGCUGAUCGCUAUGUGAACAGUGAUUGUGUUAAACGAAUGCUGCAAGCCGAUCAGGUUACAUUAGCAGAAAAGACAGCGGUUUUGUUCACAAAAGACGGAGAGCAACAUAAUAACCUUCAUGAUAUGCAGUAUGAACUAGCAUCUGGCGAAAGCUUUCUGCGCCAAGGGGACCUAGGACGAGCUUUGAAGAAAUUCUUGGCUGUCGAAAAGCAUUAUGCAGAUAUUACUGAAGACCAAUUUGAUUUCCAUUCCUAUUGCUUGAGAAAAAUGACUCUUCGGACUUAUGUUAAAAUGCUGAGAUUUCAGGAUAGCCUUCAUUCACAUUCUUAUUUCCGCAAAGCUGCUACUGGGGCCAUAAGAUGCUACUUGAAGUUGUAUGAUUCUCCAUCGAAGUCUUCUGCAGAGGAAGAUGAAGAGAUGUCCAAGUUGGCUCCUUCUCAGAAAAAGAAAUUGAGGCAAAAGCAGAGGAAAGCUGAAGCGCGAGCUAAGAAAGAAGCAGAAGUGAAGGAAGAAUCAAAUACUGCUGCUGUUUCAAGAUCUGGAAAACGUCAAGCAAAACCGGUUGAUUUGGAUCCAAAUGGAGAGAAACUAUUGCAGGUUGAAGACCCUUUGAUGGAGGCUACAAAGUACUUGAAGCUGCUUCAGAAGCAUUCUUCCAAUUCUUUGGAGACACACUUGCUUUCAUUUGAAGUCAAUAUGAGAAAACAGAAAAUCUUGCUUGCACUGCAGGCGGUAAAGCAUUUGGUCCGGUUAGAUGCAGAUAACCCAGACACACAUCGCUGCUUGAUUAAAUUCUUUGCAAAAGUGGGAUCCAUGCCUGCUCCAGUAACCGAUGCUGAAAAACUCAUCUGGGGUGUCUUAGAAGCUGAGCGACCUACAUUUAGCCAGUUGCAAGGGAAGUCUCUCGUUGAGGCAAACUCUGUUUUCCUAGAGAAGCAUAGAGAUUCAUUGAGGCACAGAGCUGCAGCAGCAGAAUUGAUAUUUGUUAUGGAACCCAACAAGAAAAACGAAGCUGUCUGCUUGAUAGAAGAAUCUUCUAUCAACUUGGUCCCGACAUUUAUUUUCAUAGUAACACACCCAUUGGACGAAUUUCCAUUUGUUAGGGAUGUUUUCCCCCAAUACUUUAUGGGGCCUAGUCACUGCAGAUGGAAAAUUCGAUGUGCCGAGUACUUCCCUUACUCGUCAUACUUUGAAGGUAGUCAAAGCUCUGCCAUAGCAAACAAGAAUCGAAAUCUAGCUGAAAAUGGCAGCCAAAGCAGCUCAUUAGCCAAUCAGACUGUUUCAACAUCAUCUUCUAACGGCGAUGUCGAAACAUUAGAGGCACUCAAAGACCUCGCUGUAAAAUAGUCGAUGCACAUCAUGAGAAUGACCCAACUCUCCUCGGUAAGUGAGAAAUCAAUGCUGCUGCCGGACAGAAGGGAAAGCCCGAUUGGCUUCAUAAAAAUUUGCAGUAAAGAUGAGAUUUUAUAAUAUUUAGAUCCCCUUCAGGUUUACUGGUACAUUUGCAUAAUUUUUUUAUGCAAAAAAUGUGCAUACUUUUCGCCUGUUUUUGUAUUCAGAGUUGGAUUUUCGCGAGUUUCUUGGUUUCUGCUGUAUGAGAAGGGGGGUUCCUUUUGGAUCUCUCUGGAAGUGAAAAAAGUUUUCUGUCAACUUAUUCUGCAGCUUAUCAUAUAAUCCCAAUGAUAGUUAAUGUAACAUUUUUAAGAGCAUGUUGUAUUUCUUAGUUUAUUUACUCCCAUUAGUUCGUCGUGUAAAAAUGUUACCUAUGUGAAAUUUUGUCUUGGUAUUGAUACAAAUAAAUUUGUUUCACUGGGCACAGAUUUUUGAGUGUUACGUGAGUUUGAGUUGGUUGGUUUAUUAUAAAAAGUGAACACAGUUUAUGGUUUGGG